GUCAAAACCACAUUUAUGAGCAUUGAUUUGAGUUUGGUGCAUGUAUGGCUUAUAACUUUCCCCCUUGAGAGUCAACAGAUUUCAAUCUCAAUUGAGCAAGAAAUUGCUUUACUUGAGUCUUGACUCUUGAGAGGUGGAUCAUCAAAUGGUGAUAAGUUAUACUUCGAGAAGGAUGAUGAAUGGUAGUACUUUAAUCGUUACUUUGGUUGUUCUAAUGUUGUUAAUACAUCCGGGGAGGGCUGGGGUGUACGGGUGCUGGGGUGGGUGUCUCAAUCAGUGUGUACUUAUCGCCGACAAAAAGCCUGAAGAAAAAUCAACAUGUUACUGGAAUUGCUUAGCCAACUGCUUUCCUGAAUCGGGUCAAAUUUCAACCCAUUCAUCAUCGGCUAGUGAAAUUGCUGGAUCUCCAUUACCAAAUACCCCUCCCAUAUCUAUCAAUAACAAACCCACAUUUCCUCAUUUUGGCUUGGGUAAAAAGUAUUAUUGCAUCAUCGGUUGUUCUUUGCAUAGCUGUCUUAUUCAUGGUCAUGCUGGAGUCGAUUUGAAGCUCUGUCUCAUAAGGUGCACCCACAAAUGCAAAUAGUACUUGGUGUUUAGGUUUUGGUUCGUUUGUAUUAUUUUAUUUCUAAUAUUCUCGUAAAACCAGAAAAAAAUGAUAUAAACGAACUAAAGAUUAUGUUAGAUACAUAGAGUCGAAAAAGAACACUUGCUGUUGAAAUAAAUUAGAUACGUGUAAGCCAUAGUCUCGCACUUGUGUAUCUCAAAUGUGAACAACACUAAACACUAAUUAAAUAAAAUGU